CGCUGGGCAGUGACGCCGCGCGGGGGGCGGCGGUGGCGGGAGCUGGAAUCGCGGUCGGUUAGCGGGGUGAGCCCCGUGCGGGGACGCUGCCCGCCGCCAGCCCCACGCCCGCUCCGCCCCUCUGGAACGGCGGCAGGGCGUGCGAAGCCGGCCGCGUGCCCUGUGCCCGGCCCUGGCGCAGGCUCUUGGGCUUUGUCACGCUUCCGUGACCCCCCAAAGGUUGAAGGCUGCUGGACGGGAGCGCUGCCGAGCUGCGGGCGGCGGGCCCGCGGAGCGCAGGAGCCUGGGAGUGCAAGUUGUGAGCCUCUGGGUGUGGGUUUAGGGGGCCGCCUGGCGUUCGGCCCCGUCUGAGCCUCUCCCGCGGCUGGGAGGCUUUCCCGCCCCAGGGCCUGGAGCUGCGACCCCGGGGCCAUGGCCAGCGUCCCCCAGCUGUUCGACGACCUGUGCGAGGCCCUCCUGCCCGCGGCGAAGGCCCGUCUGGGCCAGCGGGGCGUGAGCCGCAAGAGGGCCAAGCAGGGUCUCAAGAGGGUGGCCUACAACGCUCUUUUCACAAAUCUGUUUCAAGAGGAGACUCACAAGUUGCAGGCCGACCUCUCGAAACUCCCGGUGAAGAACAAGGUCCUCCUGCUGUCCUUCGACCUGAGAGCAGGCGGUCUCGGCCCCGAGGCUGACCGUUUGGAGGAGCUUGUGGAGGAGCUCCAAGCAGCCCCUGGCUGUCCGCUGACGGAAGUGGCGUCUGUUUUGGACCUCCUGGUCCGGCUGGCGGGCAGCGGGCCGCCUCAGGUUCUGCAGCGCAAGCGGGACUACUUCUUUAACAACAAGCAUGUUGGGAGAAACGUGCCCUACAGCGGCUACGACUGCUACGACCUGAGUGUGUUUGAGAUGGACGUUCAGUCUUUGAUCUCCAGAGAGGAGUACUUAUGUCAGGACAUGGUCCGGAAAGCGCUUCAGGUGAUGGAGGCGGCACCAGGCACUGGCCUGCCCACCGUUGGGCUCUUCUCAUACGGUGACCCUUGCAGCGACAGGUUUGAGAGAGACACCCGGGUCUCGCUUUUCGGUGCCCUUGUGCACAGCCGCACAUACGACAUGGAUGUCCGGCUGGACCUGCCCCCGAUGCCUGACAGCGCAGACCUCUCUGGACUAGCCAUUAAGGUUCCUCAGAGUGUGGAUCAGUCGGAAGAUGAAGGGUUCCAGUCAGCAUCUAACUUGACUCCUGACUCCCAGUCUGAACCAGGCAUGACCCCGGACAUCGACCUGUGGGAUGCUGUGCUCACCUACGAGGCCAGCAAGCGGAGGUGCUGGGAACAAGUUGGAUGCCCCCCCGGCCAUAAGGAGGAGCCCUACCUCACCGAGGCGGGAAGGGACACCUUCGACAGGUUCUGCAGGCUCCGCCAAGGGGAGCUACAGGUGCUGGGCGGGGGCCUCCUGCAGGCCCCACAGCCCGUCCUGGUGAAGGAGUGCGAACUGGUGAAAGACGCACUGAAUGUCCUGAUCGGGGUCGUGUCUACCACAUUCUCCCUCUGCCAGCCAGCUCAGACCUUCAUGGUGAGGCGGGGUGUCCACGUGUCGGGAGCGUCCCCCGAGAGCAUCAGCAGCCUGCUGUCAGAGGUGGCCGAGUGUGGGACACACUACGCACGCCUGAGCCAGUUCUCCCUGCAGCCUCUACUGGACUCUUCAUGCAGCAAGGGCCUCGUGCUCCAGGCCUUCACCAGCGGCCUGAGGAGGUACCUACAGUAUUACCGGGCUUGCGUUCUCUCCACUCCACCCACCCUGAGCCUCCUCACCAUUGGCUUUCUCUUCAAGAAACUGGGCCGGCAGCUCAGGUACCUGGCCGAGCUCUGUGGUGUGGGCGGCGGGGGACCGAGGGCCGAGUUCCCGACCGGGGUGAGGCUGCUGUCCUACCUGUACCAGGAGGCCCUGGACAACUGCAGUAACGAACACUACCCGGUGCUGCUGUCCCUGCUGCAGACCAGCUGCGAGCCCUACACGAGGUUCAUUCACGACUGGGUCUACAGCGGGCUCUUCCGCGAUACUUACGGCGAGUUCAUGAUCCAGGUGAACCACGAGUACCUGGGCUUCAGAGAUAAGUUUUACUGGACCCACGGCUACGUGCUCAUUUCCAAAGAGGUGGAGGACUGUGUCCCCGUGUUCCUAAAGCAUAUCGCACACGACGUGUAUGUCUGCGGGAAGACCAUCAACCUUCUGAAGCUCUGCUGCCCCCGGCACUACCUCUGCUGGUCCGACGUCCCUGUCCCUCGGAUCUCGGUGAUUUUCUCCCCGGAGGAGCUGAAGGAGGUGGAGAGGGACUGCGCCAUCUACGUGGGGCGCAUGGAGAGGGUGGCGCGCCACAGCUCCAUCAGCAAGGAGGAGAAGGAAUUACGAAUGGAAAUCGCCAAACAAGAAUUGAUCGUCCAGGCCCGGGAGGCAGCAUCCAGGGUCCUGCGAGCGCUCAGUGACCGGCAGACGUCUGAACGCAUGGCCUUGGAUGCCCGGAAGCGAGAGCAGUUCCAGCGGCUGAAGGAGCAGUUUGUGAGGGACCAGGAGAGGCGCCGGGCGGCCAGGCAGGAGGACCCGGAUGGCGACUUCGGCUAUGCCCGAGAGCUCCGUGACAGGGAGAGGAGGCUGAGGGCCCUGGAGGAGCAGCUGGAGAGGAAGGCGAGGCAGGCGCUGGUGGACCAUUACAGCAAGUUGUCUGCAGAAGCGGCUCGUCGAGAGCAGAAGGCGCUGUGGAAGAUCCAGAGGCACAGACUGGCAGGCGCGCGGCUGCGUUUCCUCGUAGAAGAUGAGAGGCGCACUCGGGAGAUGCUGAAGGACGUGUGCGAGAAGUCCUCGGAGGCCCCAGCCGUCCUCCCUGGUGCACGCUCCCAGGCUUCGUCUCCAGGCCCCGAGCACUUAGCCGGAGGCAGCACCUGUGACUCUGGGUAUGCAGGGCGGCACGUGGCUGCUUACGAUUGCCCGAGCGCCCAGACACCGCGGCUCCCCCGGCCUCUGGUGGCGGCGGUCUGUGGCCCGCAGCCAGAGCGGGUGGGCAGGCCGGGGCCGUUUUCCGAGGGCCUCGGUAUCCAAGACUUCCUGCCCACAGCCCGGGAGGCUGGAGAGGCUGAGCACGCUGGUGUGGCCCCCAUCCUGGAGCAGGCGCUGCAGACCAUCGGCUCAGACCUGCCUCCCUCUGCUGUGUCUGAAGUGGCGGGCACAGAGCCCUCUGGGCCACAGGAGUAUGAUUUCAGAACUAUCCUGAGGCCGGCUGUGGUCACCUUGGCUUCCCCAGCGUCUCUCCAGACUGUAGGAGGUGGCUCGAGUAAUGAGGGGCAGCAGUUGUGGGGGGACAGUCUCAUGCAGCUGGAGAACACAUGUGUCCCAGAUGGGCCAAUGGCUGUGCCUCACUCACACCCCCCUAGACUCAGAUCCUCCCAGGAAGGGAGUAGCCAGGCCAUGGGGCAGCUCCUUGGGCAUGUGCCAGGGGGCAGCAUUCCCGCAGGGGGUUAUGCUUCUGGGAUGGCUCCCUCGCGACCACAGUGGAACGUCCACGGACACGUGUCUGACGCCAGCAUCAAGGUGGGAGAGAAUGUGUGCGACGUGGCCCCUUCCCGACCACGAUGGAACGUCCACGGACACGUGUCUGACGCCAGCAUCAAGGUGGGAGAGAAUGUGUGCGACGUGGCCCCCUCCCGACCUCGAUGGAACGUCCACGGACACGUGUCUGACGCCAGCAUCAAGGUGGGAGAGAAUGUGUGCGACGUGGCCCCCUCCCGACCACGAUGGAACGUCCACGGACACGUGUCUGACGCCAGCAUCAAGGUGGGAGAGAAUGUGUGCGACGUGGCCCCCUCCCGACCACGAUGGAACGUCCACGGACACGUGUCUGACGCCAGCAUCAAGGUGGGAGAGAAUGUGUGCGACGUGGCCCCCUCCCGACCUCGAUGGAACGUCCACGGACACGUGUCUGACGCCAGCAUCAAGGUGGGAGAGAAUGUGUGCGACGUGGCCCCCUCCCGACCACGAUGGAACGUCCACGGACACGUGUCUGACGCCAGCAUCAAGGUGGGAGAGAAUGUGUGCGACGUGGCCCCCGCCCGACCACGAUGGAAUGUCCAUGGACAUGUGUCUCAGUCCCGUGUGGUGCUGGGUGCACUCUCUGGGGAAGACCAGCCCGAUACACCCGCGCCCUACCAGAGCCCCACUGACCAUGAGUCCCAGUCAGGCCUCAGCCUGGGAGCACAGAGCCCUGUCGGGGGGCAUGAGCCGCGGCGGCCUGCAGACAGGGCCUCAGAUGGUUCGUGUAGUCACGUGGUCAGCUCCGGCAGUGGGGAGGCGAGUGACCAGGCUUCGCUGUCUGCAGUGGCUGCAUCUGGGGCUCUGGGAGACAGUAUCCCUGAGGAGCCAGGGAGAAGUGGGGACACUGAGGACCUCUCUCCAAGCCACCCUUCAAGCUCACAGGAAGGCGUGGCUACCGGGAGCAGCCCUGGCCUUGGUGAGGAGGAGGCUGCGGCCCAGCGCUGGGGCCAGGAGCAGGCCUACCUGACGGGCCUGGCGGAGCAGUACCGCCUGGAGCAAUACCCGGACAGCUACGAGGCCAUGUCAGAGCCUCCUGUCGCCCACCUGCUACACCACGGGCUUCCGCGGGCCUUCUCCCUCCCCGAGGAACCCCGGGUCCGGUCGGAUGCAGAUGAGACAGCGGUGGAGCUCAGUGAGCUGCUGCCGCUGCCCGUGCUCAUGAAGCACUCCAUCACCGCCCCGCUGGCCGCGCACGUCUCCUUGGUGAACAAGGCUGCGGUGGACUACUACUUCGUGGAGCUCGGCCUGGAGGCGCACUUCGAGGCCCUGCGGCACUUCCUGCUCAUGGAGGAUGGAGAGUUUGCCCAGUCCCUCAGCGACCUGCUGUUUGAGAAGCUGGGGGCGGGGCAGACGCCCGGGGAGCUCCUCAACCCGCUGGUGCUCAACUCGGUGCUGAGCAAGGCCCUGCAGUACAGCCUGCACGGGGACACCCCGUAUGCCGCCAACCUCUCCUUUGCCCUCAAGUUCCUGCCCGAGGCGUUUGCCCCCAACGCCCCGGACGUGCUGAACUGCCUGGAGCUCAGGUACAAGGUGGACUGGCCCCUCAACAUCGUGGUCACCGAGAGCUGCCUGAGCAGGUACAGCGGCAUCUUCUCCUUCUUGCUGCAGCUGAAGCUGAUGAUGUGGACGCUCAAGGACAUCUGCUUCCACCUCAAGCGCGCAGCCCUGGUGAGCCGCGCGGCCGGCUCCGUGCAGUUCCGCCAGCUGCAGCUCUUCAAGCACGAGAUGCAGCACUUCGUGAAGGUCACGCAGGGCUACAUCGCCAACCAGAUACUGCACGUCACCUGGUGUGAGUUCCGGGCCCGGCUGGCCGGGGUGGGCGACCUUGAGGAGAUCCAGCGUGCGCACGCAGAGUACCUGCACAAGGCCGUCUUCAGGGGCCUGCUGACCGAGAAGGCUGCACCUGUCAUGAAUGUCAUCCAUAGCAUCUUUAGCCUGGUCCUCAAGUUCCGCAGCCAGCUCAUCUCCCAGCCCUGGGUCCCGGCUGGCGGCCCACGGGGUGCCGAGCACCCCAACUUUGCCCUCAUGCAGCAGUCCUACAGCACCUUCAAGUACUACUCCCAUUUCCUCUUCAAAGUGGUGACCAAGCUGGUGAACCGCGGCUACCAGCCCCACCUGGAGGACUUCCUGCUGCGCAUCAACUUCAAUAGCUACUACCAGGAUGCCUGAGGCCACGACACAGCGGGGGCUUGCUGCUGUAGGAGCGUCCCCCGCCGUGUGCCCCGCCGGCCCCCUCGGCCUCCAGGACCUCAGCAGCCUCGCCUUCCCUGUGGUAGGGGGCCUCCAGGAGCUUCAGCACCCGCCGCACCUGGAGAAGAGCAAGAAGAGGGGUUUUAGGGCCUGCCUGUCCCUCCUCACCCAGCCCCUGCUGCCGGACCCAGGGACGGAGGAGGGGCAGGCGUCUGCUCGCCUCUGAGAAGUCUCCGUUCUCGGCAGCCUCGAUGGCAUUCUGUGCGAUGUAGUUCCGCAGGACGUACUUGGGGUUGUUAGCACGCAUGACGCGCAGGCGCUCGGCCUGCCAGGUGUCACUGUCGCCGGCGCCCUCCCUGUCCUUCUCCAGCCGGGCUCUGGAAUCACAUCCAAGUUCAUCUUUCCAGCAGAUAACCCCUCCCACAUCUCCCGGGCUUGGUUCCCUGCAUGGUGAGUCGUCUGCAGGCACGUCACGGGGAGAUGGUGAUGCGGGCGGUCAGCGCCCCGACCUGGAGCCUCACCGACCCCGGAUGGCAGGGCCGGCCUCACCUGUACUCCUGGAGCCAGUUGGCCCAGUGGCUCCUGUUCCUGCUCAGAAGCUCAGCCGAGCUCAGCUGCUCCAGCCGCGACUGCUGUUCCACGCGCUCCAGCUCCUUGGUGACGUUGGCUCGGGUGCCGAUGAGCGCAAAGAGCUGAGGGUUCGACUGCGCCAGCAUCAGCAUCAUGGAGAGCUGCCUGUGCAGAGGGGCAGCGUGAGGCGCGUCCCGACCACUGGGCACCCGGAAGAUGGCUGUCUGGGCACGGAGGAGGUGGCAAUGGCUUCAGCGGCUCUGCUGUGCCACCGCCGACAGCCCCGGUGUGUGUGUGUGGGGGGUGACCCGGGCCGACGGGCGAGGCAGCCGUCCACCCCUGCUCUGCGACAGCCCUUCCGUGUCGUGGAAAGAGUGCACCCCGAGGGGCGGGUGCUGCAGGCUGACUUCUCCCUGCUGCUUGGCCCCUGCCUGUGUCCCGACCCCACAGUGACUUCCCCCAGGGGAAGGUCACUGCUGGCUGUUUCUCCACAGUGACCACAGGCGGGGUCCUCGAGGGCCCGGCGAGCAGGGACAGCACUGACACCCCCUUCCCCAGUCACGCUGGCUUUGUGUUCCGUAGGCCCUGCUAGCCGGUCCUCCCUGUGUGUCCUGGCAGCCAGCAGCCACUCACCACAGCGCUGCACUAAAUUCUCUCGAACCACA